ACGAUAACACCGAUGUCGAUAGUUCAUCGCCAAGCGCCAAGCGAUUGACAACUUUCGAAAUUAACCAUUUUUUUGUGUUUUGCGUGUUUUGUGAAAUUGCAUUUUGAAAGGGGAGAUUCCGAGUGAGAGCGAACCGAUGGCCACGCUACGGAACCACACGAGUAAUGAGAAUUCCGGCCAGGACUCGCCGCUGCAGACGCAGCAGGACGCGAACGCCGCCCUGGCUAUUGGCUAUGUGAGGGAAUUCAGCUGUCGGGCGGCCGCCUUCCAGCAGCAGCGCACCGAGGAGACCCUGGUGUAUGUGCAGCGUAGUGUGGCCCUGCUGGGCACCAAGGUGCAGCCGCAUCACUUUGCUCCCCUGCCGGGUAAUCUGGAACUGGCCCGUUUCUAUGUGGAUCUGCACGCUCUGAUGGGCGCCCUGGACACCGAGGGCUCCGGGGCGGAGGUCCUGUGGUCCUGCGUGGCGCUCAUCCAGCACUGUAGUCGCAACCUGGAGGCUCGACGCGCCAUUGUGGUCAAAUUCUGUUUUGUGCCGCUUCUGGGAAUGCUCCUGCGCCGCACCCGACGGACGGAACGGGUCCACCGCCUGCUGGUACUGCUGCAGGAUCUGACCUAUGGCAUACGGAUCGACUGGGAGGAGCCCUAUCUGGCCGCCCUGCUGGAGCACCUGGCCGAGAUUGUCCACGGCGUAGAGGAUGGCUCUGAAAAUGGCAACGGCACCUCCUCCAGCAAGGCCGACGAGGAAGAGAACUCGCACGCCCUGCUGGCCCUCUCAAUUCUGGUCAACCUCUGCUACAAGAACUUUGCCGUGCUGUUUCUCUUCCAGAGGAUUGUUAACAUCUCCGGGUUUUGUCGCCGCAUCCAAAACUACGGUCUACUGGCCUACAAAAUGCUGAUAAUCCUCUCGGAGGAGGUGCAUGCCUUUGAGCAGCGGGAGCUCCACACCUUCCUGAGAACAGCCUUCGCCGGCAUGGAGGAUUGCCUCAAGCACUGGAACGUGGCGCAGCUGAGGCACAUUGUGGACUUCCUACUGGACUCCCAGUCCCACGCCGGCCUGCACAGAGCCAUGCUCUCGCACUCUCACUACUGCGAGGAUGUGGAGAAGCUGUUGGAUCAAAUCGAUGCCCGCAACGCCAUGGAUGAUUCGCAGGAGGAGUCGCGCAAGUACCAGCAGAUCUGCAUGGAUCUCAUCUUCCGGCUCAUCGGCUACGUUCUGGAACUCUCCGAACAAGACCCCGACAACAAUGUCAUCAGCCUGGACGCCAUUACGCCACGCCUCUUCGAGCUGGUCGUGGAAUGGUUGUCCUCAGAGCUAUGCGGCGUGGCAGCCACUGAGCUGCUGACCAUUAUGCUGCGUGUCGGGAAGCGUGCCACCGUGGCCCAGUCCAUCUCCCGGGAGCCGCUGCACGUGGUGGGCAUGGUUGCCAGUGCCGAGCGCCCGGACACGAAGCCUGCUCAGACGGUAGCCAUUCUCCGGUUGCUACUCGCCUUGCUGAAGGAGUCCAAGACGGAAAAACUGGUCCUCUCCAAGAUCUCGGAGUCGUACUUCGACAAGAUUCUAGCGGCGCCGCUGGCUUUGGUGCCCCAGUUCCUGAGCACCCAGAGCCUGGCCCAGUCAGAGGCCGAAAAGGCCUGCUUCUGCCUGCUGCUGUUGGUCCAUGUGGCUGGAAUAGCCAAGAAGGCCUACCUGGACAAGUGCUGCUCGCUGCUGGAGAAGCCGCAGCUCCAGUACUGCCUGGCACGGGGCAUGGUGAGCCAGAACGAAACCCUUGUGGCCGCCGUCCUGCAAAUAGCACAGUUCGAGCACUUCCCCAAGGCGGCAGUGGCCAAGUAUGUCUCUGCCAUUGGCAAGGCUCCAGGUGGUUCUUCGCCUGCCGCCUCAGUCUGUGGCAACGACCAGGCGGAGCAGUGGCGCAAUCUCAGCUCCAUCCUGAAAGGGCACCGCACCUUCACCGACAAGGAGAUGGCCCAGCGGGUAAAUGCCCUGCUGGAGAGCAUCGGAGGCAUUGUGCGGCGCAAUGAGCUGGCUUCGGCACCCGUCUCCCAGGUGAUCGAGCUGUACAACCACCGCAUCGACAGCCUGAACGGCGUCGUGGCCAACCUGCAACAGCGACUGGACCAAGCCGGCCAGCAGCUGAUUAGUGGCACCCAGUUGUCGCACGUCCAGAGCGCCGAGCUGGAGCGCUUCCAGACCACCAACUUUGAGCUGCUCAUCAGCCAGGAAAGACUGCAAACCCAGUGCAAGGAUCUCAAGCAGCAGACGGACAAGCUGAAGAGCAGCAUGAACAACCUACUGAAGCAUCUCUCCGAAAACGCUGUCAACCUCCAGAACAACGAACGGCGGCUGGAGGUGAAAAAGGCGGAAAUCGCCGGCCUGAAAAAGGACUGCGAGGACCUGCGGACAAGUCUGAGCGCCAAGAGCGAGGAGCUCACCAAACUGGAGGCGGUUAACAAGGAGAAUAGCUCGCGCAUCGACAAGCUAAAAAAGUCGAUGGUGGCCUUCGAGCAGGACAUCAAGGAGAAGGUGCGCACCAUCGAGGAGCGCGAGCGGGAGCUGGCCAAGACGCACAAGGCACUGGAGGAGCAGCGCGAGGGCCGGAAGAAGUCCGAGGACCUUGUGUCCGUGCUGGAGAAGCAGCUGCAGGAGCGCAAGGAGCAGAUCGAGAACCUGGAGAUGGAGCAGAAGGAGACGGAGGACCUGCGCAAGACCAUCAUGAGUCUGAUGGAGAGCAAAAAGCCGAAGCGCAAGGCCUGCUAGCCUAGCCCAUGACUGAGUGUUUUUAGUUGUAGUUCUAGUUAUGUCCCCUUUGUACUUUAGUUAAAAACGCAUUUUUUUUAUAUUUAUAUACAUUUAUUGCGCCUUGCACUGUCCAGCAAGUUAUUACAAUCGUAUAUGCCAUGCUCGGUGCCGUGCAAGGUUACCAUUACAAAGUCCAAUUCAACCGAAAAUACAAAACAGGAUAUUAGCCAG